AUGGCUCCCAGGAUGAAGAAGCGCCAUGCAAAACAAGCUGCAACUCCAUCGGACGUUAUUAUCAUCGACGAGUCAUCUGACUCAGAUAGACCACUUGUGAAGACCGUCGUGACUACUCGCACGAGGAUUACACGAGUGAGAAAAGGCAAGAAGAGCACUUCCCGUGCAGCAGCCAAACAAAACCUCCCGACACGUCAGGAAUUCCUGAAGAUCUUGGAAAGCCUUAGCAAGAUUUCUAGUGAAGCCGAUGUUGAGGACUACAUCGCAGAUCAAGGCUUCGAGGGUGAUGAGUUAGAGCGAUUAAAAAACAGCGCAACGGCAAUAGCCAAUUUGUUUCGAGUGAAGGAAUCGGCCGUCAAAGCGCCAACAGGAAAUCAAGAAGGCAUUGACAAAUACUAUAUUGUCAAGGCUCAAAAGUCAGUGAUGGUAGUGGCGCCAAUAGAGACAUUCAAAAGCACCAGAAAUUAUACCAUGCGAAAAGUUCUCGGUUUCUUGCGAAGACCAGGCGAGCAAUAUCCGCUGCUUCUGUCGUUCUCGGGAUUUACGGAGUGUGCAGAAGCACAUCCAAGGCUUAUAGACUCUUCUAUUUGGACGGCAAAAGUCAUGGAGUUCGCUACCAACCACGGUCAUAGUUUCAGAGGAGAUGGGUUCGACAAAUUCCAUAAAAAGCCGAUAGGGACAUCUUUUGCGAGUCAUGUGGAGACCAAACUUAUGAUGGCCUUCGCCUGUGGUCUCCUGACGAGGAGACUGGGCGAGAAGUUGGACGUUCGAAAGUUAUACAAGCUCCAUGAACUAAAAUCCAGAAAAGAGGCGGAAAUAUUAAUACCACGUCCAGCAUGCGAGGAAUGUCAGAAGUUCCAGCAUAUAAUGGAACUUGUGACUGGCAUCAAAUUUUCGCUGACAGUAUGCAAAACGUUGGGUUUUGUAGACCCAGUAAGAGAUAAACGGGGUUACCUGACGUACCCCAACUAUGCGACCGAAAGUUAUGAUCCCGAGAUAGAAGACGAUGCUCCCGAGCCAGAAUUGGAACAAAUAAGGGCGUUUCAAAAUAAAAACCAUCCCGGCACAAAUGUUAUGGUUGUUCUGAAAAGCAAAAUUCCAAGCAUUGUUCCCCGCGAGCAGAAGGAAAUCCGUCGGUCAAGCAAGUCAGCGAACAAUCCAGGACUCCCCAGGGCGAAGCGGCAAUAUGAGCAAUCUGAUGAUGAUGAAGAAUAUAGCCCAUGCGUGCGCAGGAGAAAAGUCCAGCGAGAUGAAGGCGCGCUCACCAUCACCCCACGAACUAAGAGGACCAAGGGACUUGCUACUCCAGACAGCAUGCCUAGAUUUUUUGAUGAUAUGGACAUGGACCAGGACGAAGACGAAAAUGAAGACGAAGACGAAGCAACUGGAUCUUACAGCAUGACGAGAUUUGGGGGCAGAAAGAUUAAAUGGACAUAG